GUGUCACUCAGUGUCACUGUGCUUGUGUGGUAUUGUGUUUGACAUUUCACUAAUGCACUAGUGCUUUUAUUUCACUGUUAACAAAUGCAAUAAAUUGAAUUUCAACGAUCCAAAGUACACAACAACUACAAAAAUAUUAUUGAAUAAAUCAUGCUUGUUUUAGUAUUGGGAGAUUUACACAUUCCACAUAGAUGUAGUAGCCUUCCAAGUAAAUUUAAGAAAUUAUUGGUGCCUGGUCGAAUACAGCAUAUUUUAUGCACAGGCAAUCUCUGUACAAAAGAAUCAUACGAUUAUUUGAAAACAUUGGCUAGUGAUGUACAUGUUGUUAGAGGAGAUUUUGAUGAGAACUUAAAUUAUCCAGAACAAAAAGUUGUUACUGUUGGUCAAUUUAGAAUAGGAUUAUCACAUGGACAUCAAGUUGUACCUUGGGGAGAUCCAGAAUCGCUAGCCUUAAUUCAAAGACAAUUAGAUGUUGAUAUUUUAAUAUCAGGUCAUACACACAAAUUUGAGGCAUACGAACAUGAAAAUAAAUUUUAUAUUAAUCCUGGCUCAGCAACAGGCGCAUAUAAUCCUCUUGAUACAUCAGUCAUCCCAUCUUUUGUUCUAAUGGAUAUUCAAAGUUCAACAGUUGUAACUUAUGUAUAUCAACUUGUUGAUGAUGCAGUAAAAGUUGAUAGAAUUGAAUAUAAAAAAAGUUAAAAUUGUAUAAAUUAUACAAAAUUAUCAUGUAUAUGUUCUGCAUGAUAUGCUACAUUUAUUUGAUACGUAUAAAAUUUAAUACUAUUCUACAUAUGAUUCAUAUAAAGUCUCAGGUGCAUUUCAAUUAGCAUUAGCACUUACACAAGAAUUCGAAUUGUAUGAUACAUU